AUGAAUCAAUGCAUCUUUUCUCUUCCCAGGCCCGUGGUGCCCUCCAAGGUAGACAAGCUGGAGCUUCAGGAUUGCCUGGAGUACAGUCGGAGGGCGAAGAUGAAGAAGAUCCGGACCAUCACGACGAAAAGCAACUCCAUCCGGCAGGGUAGGAGCAAGACGCUGCCCGUCUCCAUGAACGGGAAGGAUGACGAUUUAUGGUGCACCGAGUUGGAAAAGAUCUUUGGCUUCCCCCUCCACUACACCGACGUGUCCAACAUGGGCCGCCUGGCACGUCAGAAGCUGCUUGGGAGAUCCUGGAGCGUCCCCGUCAUCCGCCAUCUCUUUGCCCCCCUGAAGGAUUAUUUCUCCUGCGAUUAGGCCGCAGGGGGUCCUGCGGUCUCCCGGGUGGA